AUUCUCUUCUUCUCACAUUUUUCUCUUACAUUCUCUCUUUUUCGCUCUCUCUCUUUUCCUUUUCUUUCAUCUUCUCUAUUCUCUCUCUACCUCAUCUCUUAUUUUGUUUUUAUUAAAUCUUGAUAAUUGCCAGAUUCCGGCCACAAGUUUCUCUCGUCCCUGUCUCUCUCUCCCAUCACAUCGUCUUCACCAUAGCGUGCCCCAUCAGUUUUGUAUCAAUUUACCCUUUUACCCCUCUUUUCCAAAUUUACCUUUUUACCCCUCAUUUUUCACCCGAACAUAGAUAAAUAAUUACCGUUGUUUUUUUUUAUUGUUUGAAAAACAAAACUAUUUGUCAGUUUUGUUUUGAGGGUGGUUUGGUAGUGACGUGGCAUGCGGAUAGAGAGCCAUGAAUACCAAAACGAUGCGUCUUCCCCCUCGUCGUGUAUUGACACCUACCAAUAAGCGCAAAGAGAGAGAUGACCCGUUUGACAAGCCCAAGCCCAUACCCGCACCACCCACCACCAAAAUACUCAAGCCCGAUAAGCCCGUCGACCCGAUCAUCGCCACCAACAAAGCCGUCUUGUCGCAGCCCAAGCCCUCUAACCAACUCUUAGCGGGCUACCUGGCCCACGAAUUCCUCACCAAGGGCACCCUUCUGGGCCAGCCUUGGGCCCCACCAAAAGGAAAGUCGACGGAGGACGGCGGCGACGAAGCAGAACCCACGGCGGCUCCGCCGCCGUACCAGCGGACGGAGGAGGAGCGGGAAAGGUACGCCGAGGUGGCGAGUUUAUUAAAGGGUGGUGGGACCCAGCUCCCCGGCGUGGUGAACCCCACCCAACUCGCCCGUUUCUUGCACUUGUGAUCUAACGCUAGAAAACCACUGGGAGAGUCCUAUCGGACACGUGGAACGAUCGCAUUUGCUCUCCCUCGUUUUGCUCCUCCCGAGACAAAACGAAACCGGGUAGAGAAAUUUCUCCUCCCUCGCUCUCUUUUUUUUUUUUUCUUGUUUUUUUAAUCUGAGAGAUGGAAAAGGAAAAUUUUCUGAUGCAUGCAAGUUGUAUGUAUGUCAUCCUCUUGAUGUAUGCAUUUUCAUGCAAAGUACAUGCUUUUAGUUUCAAC